CUAUAUUCCGUCCUAUCAAAAGUGGGAUUAGAAUCGGAGUAUCCAUCCAAAUAUAUACUCCUCCAGUCCUCCGUAUUACUCCGCAAAAAAAAAACAAGGAAUUAGAUCGGGAAUAGCUGAACGGAAAAGAGACCUCUCCCGACCGCCGCGCCACCACCGCCUUUCGGCAAUCAACUGGAGGAAGUGGAAAAGCCUAGUGGCCGUUCUCGGUACGCGCCCCGACCGCCUGCACGCCGCCACAGCGAAACAUCACCUGUCACCGGCAAAGGAAUUGUGUAAGGACCAACCUUAGCUUGAUUAAUGGUUAUGAUGAGGAUUACAGAAAAGAAGCAGCAAGUUUAAAGAGAUGUAUUGUUGCUGCCUGAGGACAUGAUGAUGCUUAUACUAUCAAAGCUUCCUCGAAAAUCCCUUAUUCGUUUCAAGUGCGUCUCGAGAGCGUGGUUCCACUUGAUAUGCACAGUGUGCAGACAAUAUUACCCCAACAAGUCUUCGCCUUGCCAUUUGAUGAUAGUAUCUCAACAUCAACAAAGUCACCGCACCCACCGCUUCUCUCUUAUCCAUCUCCCCAAGGAGGCGAAAGAAGAGACUUCUUUGCUGCCAUUGCCCGAUGCCUUUGACCUCAAACUUCCAUUCUUCCUCUGCCGUCCACAUCCUGGCAAGAAAAUCCUCUCUUCCAAUGGCCUCGUGUGUUUUUUCUUCAACGAAGACGUCUGUAACUAUGCCUUCAAUCCCAUCACAUGCCACAUCCUUAAGCUUCCACACAUUCCGUACCACACUUGCAAUGUGUCUUUCAAUGCGGGGUUUGGGUACCUACCCCGGAGAGACGAGCACAAGAUUGUGGUGUGGUUUGUUCGGGACGACUUGAAAAUGUCACACGCAGCAUCGGGAUGUUGGGUUCUCAGUUUGAAGAAAAGUAUCAAUGGAACAAUCGCAGUGGUGGAAUCUUGGAGAAGACUAGGAGUGGACUCGCCACCCGUUGCAGCCUCGUUCUCGGACUCCUUUUGCGUGAAUGGCACCAUAUAUUGGCUAUGUAGUUACGCCAAUGAGGGGACGGCACAGAAACAACAUUUGUUGCUUUCGUUUGAUUUGGAUGAGGAAGCAUUCCAGCUUAGGCCUCACCCAUCUUUCCCAUUAACUGCAAAGAUGGUCGAGAUUGAAGGUUCCUUGUGUGUUGGAGAGUUGGGGUUCUGCGACGGUCAUUACUUCGUCCUGUGGGAAUUUAAAAAUGGUGACUACUGGGUGAUGAAACACGAGGUUAACGACUUUUUUCAUCUUGGUCAUCGUCGUCGUCGUUUAUCAUUUCUUGCUUGUACGCGGUCCAAAAGCGGUGCGAAGCAACUUGUUUUCAUGGGGGAUGACGAAGCCGGCGGUGGUCAUGGGAGGAGGCUACUUUCCUACAACCUCCAAUCACAAAUUCUUCGAAGGUCAUCUGAAGAUCUGCAACCGCUCCUGGGUGACGAUGGCCUAUAUUUUCUCUUUUAAUUCUCAUCCCUUUAUCUUAUACUUCCUCCGUACUAAAAUUAACUUUCCAUUUGACUUUUUACGGUCUCCAAUGCGACCCUUUGACCAUCAAUUUCUCAAUUUCUAUAUAAAUAUAUUUUAUAAAAAUUAUAUAUUUCAAAACUAUGUUUCAAAAUGAAUCUAUUGCUAAUAAAUUUAUAUGAAAAUU